UUUAACGCUCUUUACCAGUUACAGGCAGCAUGCAACUGGAACAGCAGAGAACACCAAUAUCCAUAUCCAUAUCCUCCAGCAGAUACAAGCAAGAAAUAUCAGAUGGCCCAAGAAAGUCAUAAGCACACUGACAGUACAAUGCAGAGUGGAUACGAAAUACCUACAGCACACGAAGAUAUAGUUUCCAAACAACACCACGGUGCCGGUGGAGUAGAAUCAAAGAAGCCAGCUGAUGAAUUUCAAGCCAGAAUCAAAAAGUUUCGGAUUAAGCAUGCCGUGAGUUUUAAGCAAGAUGCGGUUGCGAUGGCAGCGAGUGUACCCACUCACAACUACCAGAAAGAGGAGCAAUAUAGCUAUGGUGAGCCAGAGGCACUGGAGCUCCACAUGAGAGUUGGUCCCAACAUUCGAGUGAGGAGAGUGUUUGAGUUAAUCAAACCUGGAGACUUUAUGGAAGGUCAUGUGACAUCAAAGGAGUUCGGACAACUUGCUGUCCGCAUCACGUCAUUUGUUGGUAGCUACAAGUUCAGAGAGCUGGCUGAUAUCAACGUACAGGGGCGUGUCAUAUAUGAUAAUCUCUCUGAUGAGGUCAAAGAAAGGGACAAGAUUUUGGAAGAGAUGCAAGUCAAAGAUGUGGUUCAAGGUGUUGUGGUUGGUUGCCAUGACAACAUAGUGAGUCUUUCUUUCAGAGAGUCUCACGCUCAGGAGUUGACUCAGAGCCAGCAACUAUCAGCUGCCCUUGGCUAUAGAAGUGGCAAGGCACCAUCAAAAGCUAAACAGUGGACUGGCCAUUCUGAUGACUUUCUGAGGCACUUAGAAGAUGACCCUGGUUUCGGCAACCCAAGCUGCACAGAUACUCUGAAGAUUGUACUUGGAAUUGGCCCUGGAACAUCUGGAACAGAACCACUCGUCCCUGGAAUGAAACCAACUCUGUUCAGCAAUAUACAGAUGGCCGAGUAUGCCCCUAGUGAUUACCAUGGUGAGCUGAGGAAAGCACAGAGAGCAAAGUGGUCCCUGGACAGUGUAGCAGCCGGAGUGGCGGCCUUCAAGGCGGGGGAGGGGAAGAAAGCACUCAAGAUGCUUGAUCAUGCUCUCAGCAUUGACCCCCAGAAUGUGGAGGGUCUUGUCGCCAGGGGGGCACUGUAUGCCAAUGAUGGACAGUUCAAGGAGGCCAUACACGACUUUGAAAAGGCCCUCACUCUUAACCACACCCACCGCAAUGCAAGGACGUACCUCGUGGAGACACAGGUGGUCUAUGGACGGGAACUGGAGAAGAGUGGUCGCAUUGAGGAGGCCAUGAGGUGUUACAAAGAGGCCCUGGCUGAUGACCCCCACCAAAGCAUGGCCAGACAGAGACUGCAGUUGCUAACAGCCAUCACUGAGAAACAGGUCUGCAAGUUGCAACCAAUGGACAAUGUAGCUACACACUGUGGACACUCUGUGCAUGUAGCUACUACACACUGUGGACACUCUGUGCAUGUAGCUACUACACACUGUGGACACUCUGUGCAUGUAGCUACUACACACUGUGGACACUCUGUGCAUGUAGCUACUACACACUGUGGACACUCUGUGCAUGUAGCUACUACACACUGUGGACACUCUGUGCAUGUAGCUACUACACACUGUGGACACUCUGUGCAUGUAGCUACUACACACUGUGGACACUCUGUGCAUGUAGCUACACACUGUGGACACUCUGUGCAUGUAGCUACUACACACUGUGGACACUCUGUGCUGCUAUGCAUGUGUGUACAUGUACGUGUUUACUUCUUCUCUUUUUUCUCUCCUCCUCUCAUGGCACUGAACUCCUGUCAAUACCAACACACUCCCAAUCUCGACAUGUUGGAUCAAAACUUACCAAAAAUGCUGUAUCAAAACUGCUGUAUGUCCUCUGUGUGUCACAAUUGCUGUUUUCACUGUGCUCUGUGUGUGUGUGUCCCUCUCUGUGUGUGUCCCUCUCUGUGUGUGUCCCUCUCUGUGUGUGUCCCUCUCUGUGUGUGUCCCUCUCUGUGUGUGUCCCUCUCUCUGUGUGUGUCCCUCUCUGUGUGUGUCCCUCUCUGUGUGUGUCCCUCUCUCUGUGUGUGUGUCCCUCUCUGUGUGUGUCCCUCUCUCUGUGUGUGUCCCUCUCUGUGUGUGUGUGUGUGUGUCCCUCUCUGUGUGUGUCCCUCUCUCUGUGUGUGCAUCACUGCCUUUAUUAUCAAUGUUGUGUACAUGUACACUGUACGUACAUUUCUUUAUCACUGUGUGUUCAUUCAUGUGUGUCCUUUGCCUGUCACAUUACAUGCCCUAUUCACUGUGUGUGUGUUGCCUCUCUCUUGUUGUCUUGUGUAAAUGGAGGCUGUUGAACGUAGAGAGAAAGAACGAAAAAAGAUGGAGGAAGAGAAAACACUUCGAAAGAUUCAAAAACUCCUUGACAGAGAACAAUCUAAAACAUCUAAAAAUACCAGCAAGAAAGCCAAGCAGACCAAAAGG